UCCUACAAAUCGCAAUCAUUUCCUAGCCUCCCCUUUUAACAUAUUUGAUCACUUUGAUUCUGUACUCUAUUUCUUAUUAUUUUUACGCGCACGAAGGAGGUUCUGUAGGUUGUGAUCUUUUAUUGCUAUUAUUACUAUUAUUAUUAUUACUAGUGCGCUUCUCUAGCUUGCCGGAGAGUUGACUUCAUAUCUGACUACAGCACUGGCUUCGGCUGCGUGCGGCUGCUAGUGCAAGCUAGCUACCUCAAUACGAAGAAAAGGAAGAAGCAGCAAUAUUAUUUUUUACAGUUGAUGGUUUCCUUCAGGACUUUUUGUGGAAUUUGGGAUCGCUCGUUGCUGGUAUCUUUUCAGCGCUUCCCGUCUUAUUAUUCCUAUGAUAUUUUGUUUCUUUUUCGUACAUCUGGUGCGUCGCUCAACGUGAACGGCUUCGUCCACUGCAGUCCGUCUGUUAUUUUAUUAUAAUUUUAUUAUUUUAUUUAUGUUUUCCUUGUUUGGUUUCUGAAUGGCUGACUGCAAGCGCCCCUGGGCUUGGCCUCUUAGUGCACGGCUGCGAUUCGGCUCAUUAUCGCAUCAGAUUUAAAACGUGUACUUAGGCUACUUUUCUUUCGUAAGACAGAAAUACGGGUGUUUUGAGUUAUUUUUCGCAAGUUUCAACCGACAAUCUAGCUACAGUUUACCGUUUUUUAUCAUCGUUUUUCUUGCCAACGGCUACUCCAUUCUUUCUGAAUAACAAUCAAGGCACCACGAAUCCAAAAACGGGAGACAAAAAGUUUCUUAACGUUGACUGAUAGAUAUGGCAAUGGUAGUGUGGAGAGGUUCCCAGGACGAUGUGGCCGAAACCCAGGGCGCCCUCUCUUCGCAAGCCCCGCAAGUAGGACCUUUAUCCCUUCCUACUCCUCAACCAGGCCAGCUGAACCUUGCAGGCUCGCAGGUCGCCCCGCCGACCCCUCAGACGCCGGUCCAAGGCGGACCCCCGAGCAAUACGGCACAGUCUACGCCGACGAACCAGACGAGCCAGGUGGAAAAACAGCAGCCCCAGCACAUCGAAUGCGUGGUUUGUGGGGACAAAUCGAGUGGUAAACAUUAUGGCCAGUUCACAUGCGAAGGGUGCAAAAGCUUCUUCAAACGGAGCGUACGGAGAAACCUCACCUACACAUGUCGUGCCAACAGGAACUGUCCUAUCGACCAGCACCACCGCAAUCAGUGUCAGUACUGUCGCCUGAAAAAAUGCCUCAAAGUCGGCAUGCGACGGGAAGUCUCUCUUUUUACUGCAGCUGUUCAAAGAGGACGGAUGCCACCGACGCAGCCACACCACGGUCAGUUUGCCUUGACAAACGGGGACCCCCUGCACUGCCAUUCCUACCUAUCCGGAUAUAUCUCUCUUCUUCUGCGAGCGGAGCCCUACCCGACGUCCCGCUAUGGCAGCCAGUGUAUGCAGCCAAACAAUAUCAUGGGCAUCGAGAACAUUUGCGAACUGGCGGCCCGGAUGCUCUUUAGCGCCGUGGAGUGGGCUAGGAAUAUUCCCUUCUUUCCCGACCUGCAAAUUACGGACCAGGUGGCCCUUCUGAGGCUGACCUGGAGCGAGCUGUUUGUGCUCAACGCUGCUCAGUGCUCCAUGCCGCUCCAUGUGGCCCCACUCUUGGCGGCGGCGGGCCUACACGCCUCCCCCAUGUCCGCGGAUCGAGUUGUCGCCUUCAUGGACCACAUAAGGAUCUUCCAGGAGCAAGUGGAGAAGCUGAAAGCUUUGCACGUGGACUCCGCCGAAUACAGCUGCUUAAAAGCCAUUGUGCUUUUCACCUCAGAUGCUUGUGGUCUCUCGGAUGUGGCCCAUGUCGAAAGUUUGCAGGAGAAGUCCCAGUGUGCACUCGAGGAGUAUGUCCGGAGCCAGUACCCCAACCAGCCAACUCGAUUUGGGAAGCUUUUACUGCGCCUGCCCUCCCUCCGCACAGUCUCGUCUUCAGUCAUAGAGCAAUUAUUUUUCGUCCGUUUGGUAGGUAAAACCCCUAUUGAAACCCUCAUCAGAGACAUGUUGCUUUCCGGAAGCAGUUUCAACUGGCCUUACAUGUCAAUCCAAUAAGAACGAGGAGGGGACGAGGAGACUGAGGCUACAAUAGUUAGAAUAGCGCUUCUUUUAGAAGGGAAAGGACUGUUACACGAAGUUUACGUAUUGGAAGAAAGACGUUUUCAAAAGUGACUGUGAAUUUUAAACAUAGACAUUCAAUGAACUUUCGCAACCCACAUAAAAAGCUCCCGUAUCAUUCUGGACAACUUGCUACUUAUCAUUUUUGUUAAUAAAAAAAAAGAAAAAAAAAAGAUUUUUGGUAAACAAUCGAGGAAAAUUAAACAAUACAAUGCAUUUAAAAAAAAGGCUAAUUUGGAGAAAUAUAGGAAAAAAGUUUUAUUUUCCAAAUGAUAUUGUCCUGUGUCCAUGUAUGUAUAGCUGUUUUGUAUUUUUUUUCUCUCUCUCUCUCUCUCUUCUGGUUCGAAACCGGCUAAUGUGAUUCUGUAGUAUGCAGUAUUUAAUAUAACCAUGGAUUCUUAUGAAACAGUAAAAUAAUGUAAAAUAUGUUCUUCAAGAAUUAAAACUAAAUCCAAAAACAGUAUAGAAAAUCGUUAUACAACACUUAAUGCUGCGUAUAUGGUGACCCAUAAUUUACUGAUGAAGGCGAAAUUAGAGGAGACCGUUUGUGACCCAAAAAUAGAACAUGCUACUGUAACAGUAGCUACAUCAUUUGCAUAAUGAUAAAGAAUUCCUCGUCAAUUUCGCUUUUUAGGGCAUUGGGUCUAAAAGACUCGAGAUCCUUCCACUACAAACUUUUCAGGAGACAACCGCGCAGACUGAUCGUUGUUCAUUUCUAAUUAUGUUCUUGCAAUGCGUUUGUAGUGUAGGCUACGGGCAGUAGGCCUAUGUAGCCUUUGAAAACUUUGAGAUAAUGUUGGCACUUACAGUUAACUGUCGUUGAGUAGUCCAGCUGAACUUUUUUUUCGUCAAGGACUGAUGUUUUAGAUAUGUUUUAGGGUUAAACAUUUGAUCAAGGAUAAUAUCCAACGGUUAGCGUGAAUGUCAUGAAAAAUAGGACUGAAGUGAGCGAGAAGGAAAAUGUGAAUUGCAAUAAAGAAAUGAUUACGGCUUUAGUAGAGCGAUAUGGUGCGGGUUUUAUUUAGUUAUUUGUUAUCCUCACCAGUACCCUUGGAUCUAAC